UGCCCGGAAUCCUGCCUAUGCUACAAUGAACCGAAAAUCACCUUCAGUUGUUCACAGCAAAGACUGACUGCCAUCCCUUUAUACAUUCCAACACAGACUCAGCGUAUUUUUCUUCACAAUAACAAAAUAACAUUUGUAAGGGCAACUAGCUUCACCUCCUGCCAGAACCUUACUAUUCUAUGGAUCCAUUCAAACAAUAUCAGUCAUAUAGAGUCUGGAGCACUUUAUGGAUUAACAAAACUGGAAGAACUAGACAUGAGUGACAACUAUAACCUCAGAUCUGUCGCUCCGCUCACAUUUCGAGGUCUUGUUCACUUACAUACUUUACACCUCAAUCGCUGUGGUCUGCAGGACUUACCUCUUGGAAUCUUCCAAGGCCUCCUUUUCUCUUUGCAGUACCUCUAUCUUCAUGAUAACAACCUUUAUUUCUUGCAUGAUGAAACAUUUGUGGAUCUGGGGAACCUCACUUACUUAUUUCUUCAUGGUAACAAACUCAGUACCCUAUCUGAAAAUGUAUUUAGUGGCCUCAUAAAUUUAGACAGAUUACUGGUUCAUCAAAACAGGCUGGAUUAUGUCCAUCGCAGAACUUUUCAUGAUCUUAAGAAAGUAACAACUCUCUACUUGUUUAGUAACAACUUAACCAUUCUCAAGGGAGAAAUACUGUCACCUUUAGUCUCCCUUCAAUAUCUACGUUUAAAUGCAAACCAGUGGAUCUGUGACUGCAGAGCUAAAUCCCUGUGGAACUGGUUGAAAGCAUUCAAAGGCUCAUCAUCAGAGCUGGAGUGUUAUGUUCCACCAAACCUUGCUGGGAAGGACCUUAAAAAACUAGUCAUCACAGAUCUUGAUGGAUGUGCCAAUACUUCUUUCCAUCAAAUGAGAACAGGCCUAUUUGGAGUCAAGGGCGAAGAGAUUGCAGACAGCUGCUGUCAACCUCCAGUCGCUUCUCAUACGAGCAGAGUCUUGCCAAAUAUCCCAGUCAAAGACAAAGAAAAUAUUUCAAAGACAAAAAUCAUUGGUAAUGCUGACCCUAAAAAAAACAAAACAUAUAAGCCUAUUAAUUACUCCCCUUUUGGAACAUUCACAAGCAAAGUAGAUAACUCUUUAACUAAGUUGAAUCAAAAUAAUGUUUUUGAUUCAGUUGAACCUUCCACCGUCCCAAACAAAAAGAGGAUUCCCUGCUCAAAAAAAGUUAAGUCAAAAUCACAGUGUCGAAUGUACCAACCGGGAACCAACUCUGGAUUACCGAAUUUGCACACCAUGGAUCUUCUAUAUGUAACUCUGAUUUUCAUCCACCAGAUGCACUUUUAA